AUGUCUCUUUCAUGGUUUGAAAGUAUUAGUCGACGGCGUAGAGCCUGUGGUAAAAGAAAAAGCAACGAAUUAAUUUCUGACAAAAAGCAGAAAAAUUCCAGAUGUGCAUCAAGCUCUGAAGAAGCUGCUAAUAGUCGUAUCAUUCAAUGUAACAAGAGUAUUAACCCCCCUACACUAACACUUAAUGAGAAUGUUCUAAAAGCAUAUGUAGUUGAAGAGACGGAAAUGCUUGCAUUUUUUAAACUUCUCGGAGAUAGUACUAUCAAAAAGUUCCUUGAUUGUGAUGUAUGUUUUAAAGUAGCUGAUAACUUUUCUAUUGCCUGUGUCUUUGCCUACUUCAAAAGAUGUGAUCUAGCAAUCGAAGAAUAUAAUAGGAUGAACUUUUUCUGCUGCCUGUAUCUUGUUCAUGACAUUGAAGAGGAUGACGAAGACUACAAAUACGAGAUCCUGCCUUGGGCUUUGGGUUCGUUUUGGAAGAAUAAAUUAUCUAGUUUCUUGAGACAAAGAGAAGCACUAUGGGCAAGAAUGAACUACCGAGCUAUAGUCAGCUAUAGAUGCUGUAAGGAGUUAAUGAGUAUUAUUCCAUCUCACCCAGUAUGGGAACGGAACCGACUGCCACAUCAUGGUGAAGCUAUUAGGCGAUGUUCAAAACCAUCAAAUUCAAAGAUUCUCUUAGGUCCAAAGUCCACACCGAAGCUGUGUAAUAAAUGUUUGUUGUUUUAUACAAAAAAGAAAGAUCUUAAAGAAAUAGUUCCAAAUCAAGCCAUCUUCACUCCUGAUAUAACACCAAAUUCGAAUGAUUCGGCAUUCCACAGUCUUCUUGAAGGUGACUCUUUUAGUAAUUUCCGGAGUCGUAAUGAUUUAACCACGAAUGUUGGACUUCAGUCAUUGUGUGAAUGUGCUGGGGAAAGCUGGCUUUCUCAAGAAACGUACUGUCACGACAAAGAUUUAGCAAUCAGGAACGAAUACUUUGUAUCAGAUGAGGAAUAA